AUGUCAUCCGGGCGCAAGAUUGGCAAAAGAGCUUGUGACGCCUGCAAGAUCCGCAAGAUCAAAUGCACAGAGGUCCCGCCCUGUGAUGGCUGCGUCGCCAUCGGGACAUCAUGCACCUUCAACAAGGUCCCCGCCACUAGGGGCCCACGGAACCUGAGGGCGAAGACGAUACGCCAGAUUGCCCAGGCCCAGAAGGAGGGCUCUGCUGCUGCUAGAACUGCUGGUGCUUCUGCUUCUUCUUCUGCCCCCGCUGGCACCACCGGUGCCGCCGGUUCUGCAUCCUCCGUCUCACCUACCGGUGAUGGGGCUUCCGCUUCAACCCCGGCUGUUGCCGCCGCCUCUUCGGGCGUUCCAUCCUCAUCCCGGUCCCCAUCGUCCUCCGAGGGAGGAUCAUCCGAGGCCACUGGGAGCGCCGCGAGUGGGCAACGACUCGUCCGACAGGACAAUGCCCUCCAGCCGCAAAGGACGCCCAGCGCAUCACUGGUUUGGAGGUUGUGUAUCUACCGUCUGCGUCUCUUCCCCGUCUGGCCCAUCAUUGCAGUCGAAGACAUCAUGGCCUCGCUGUCCCGCGAUGCUGACGACCUCGAAUCAUACGUCUUGGCCAACGCCGUGGGAGCUGCCACCAUUGCCCAGCUCAAGCUGGCCACGACUGACAACGACGACCCGGCGACGGCAGGUUCGAUGGAGGCCGAGUGCCAGCGGUCGAGAAUGGCGCUCCAGGAACGCGAGGGAGGCCCGCCCAUGAACCUCAACUGGUUGAGGACGUCCUUCUUCCUCCACGUCUAUCACGAGAACCAGCAGCCCGGAGGGGCCAAGUCGCUUCUCUACCUCCGAGAGGCCAUCACCAUUGCUCAAAUCAUGGGAUUGCACAAGGAGUCGUCGUACGUGGCUCUGCCCUUGGCGGAGCAGCAGAUGCGGAGGAGGACACUUUGGCUACUAUUUGUCACGGAAAGAGGCGUGGCCAUGCUUCACAAGUUACCUGUGGCGCUCAAGUCCAACACCCGUUUUCCGUCCUUAGACGGUUCAGGGGUUGGCGAGGAUGAAGGCCACAUUCUACCUGCUUUCAAAAAGUUAGCCGACCUCUUCUGGAUAUUCGAUCAGAGCGGCGCCUUUGACAUCCUCCAGAACUCGGACGACGAGGACGCCCUGUGGUCCAUGGCGGAGGGCCUGCAAACGGCUAGUAGAGCGUGUCUCGAUGUCGUGCAGCAGAAACUUCAGCAAAUUCCCCUGGACUCUGAUGCCAGCAACGAUGUCCAGCGAGCCGACAUCGUUGUGACGCGUCAAUGGAUGCAGGCCGUGUUGUGGAAAGUCACUAUGAACCAUGGCCGCGCUUGGUCUUCCAACAGAAAUAACAACACUGUCACCUCGUUAUCUCACCCCAUCCAGAUCGCCAAGGAGUUUCUCCAGUUGAUUUCACAACUUCCCAGUACGGCCAUUGAAGCCCAUGGCCCCGGAAUCGAGUUCAAAAUCUACGAGAUUGCCAGCGCAGUGACGGAUGCCGUGGCGAACAACUUUCGUCUUCCUCGCACCUCCGCCGACGGCUCAAGAGACAUUCUCCUCCAGCUGCAGCGGGUCCUUGCGUCGUGUCGCGGCGGCAAUAAAGCCCUCUUGGAGAUGCUCUGCGCCCGCAUAGCCGAGGUCCAGGACGGCCCGCUGCUGAUCAUGAACAGGAGCCCGACGUCGAGGAUCCAGGAGGUCGACGAUGACCAGUGGCGGGAUGACGGGAAUCAUGCUGCUGCUGCUGCGGCGGCGGCGGCGGCAAACGGCCAGGCAGACAUGUUUGCACCCAUCAACGGCGUAUCUCAGACCUAUGGACAACCAUCUCACUCCAACUUUUCACCAAUGUUUGAUAAAGAUGGUACCUCCGCGCAGGGCAUGACCAACGGCAACACAGUACCUCUGUCACCUCAGCGGCAGGGCAUCGGCAGAACCCCCGUCUGGGAUCAAUCCACCAGCCAGAUGGGGUCCGGCGCCCCCCAUGACCUAAUUGAUCAGCUGCAGCACUUUGACGGCUCCUUCAACACCGUCGAGUCCAACGGCACGCUCGAUAUGCUCUUUGCCAAUGGGGCGUUGUGGGACAACGUCGCAAACGACGAUUGGAUGGCGUCGGUGCAGGGGAAUCCGGGCGUGUUCAACAGCCCGACGCAGUCUUCGGCCAAUUUGCAAAGGACGUAUGAGUAG